UCCCGUCGCCCUUCGCCCCCAAAUUUCCAAAUCCUUUCCGCUUCUGGAUUUCGCCGCGGCGUCAGAUCUGGAUGAACCCUCCGCCGGCGCCGGAGCGCCGGGACUCCGCCGCCCCGGUCCCGGACGCGUCGAUGGAGCGGGGAGCCCCUGCUGCUUCCGGGACUUCCAUCGCUGGCACCACGCCCGAGGAUGCUCCCGUUACAGACGUCACUGAAAACACAGAAAGUGGUGGUCAAGGAGGCCUGCAUGACACCGCUGGUAGCAACUCGGAGAAUGGCAACGGAAUUGCUAUUCCCACUCGAGGAGAUUCACCCCGCAAAUCAGGCCCUUGUUAUCUGGAAGCGCAUUUGGAUGAUACUACUUUAGUUCAGGAUGCCUCCAAGCAGGCAAUGAACUCAGACGGGACAAGGAAGAGGAAUUUUCAGCCUGGAAACAAAGAGGUGCAGGUUUCUACUGACAACUCUCCUUCUGUGGUAGAAUCCAAAGAUUCGAGGAGCAAGUUUCAAAAGAAAUCCGAUAAUGAAGAACCAUUAUGUGAAGAUAAGAAGAUUGUCGGUUUGGCAGGGACCUUGGGGGAAUUGAAGGAAAAUGAAAACUGGUCGUCUCUUAACUCUAGCUGUUUGAAGGAUGAGAGGGAACAAAAUAAUGGAAGCAGAGGAAAAGAGAAUCAUAAUUGCGUUUAUAAAAGUAACACUGCACAGGAUCUUCCUUUGCCAACUAGCACUGGCAACUCUUCUUUGGCAACAAUAGUUACCGAGGACAAUAAGGAAGCUCCUAAAUGCAUGAGUUUGAGGGCUAAGCAAAACCCUGAGGAGGUGACCCCAACUGACUCGUUGGUGGUAGCUAAGGCAAAGACUACUGAAGGGGAAACUGUGAAUGUGGACAGUAUCAUUGAGAAGAAGUAUGAUGAAAUUCUGCAUAGUUCAUUUGAAGAGAAAGAAACUGAGAAUGUUGCAACGUGCUUGGGUUCCUGCAUGCUUGACAACCAACCGGCCAGCACUAAUGUUUCUCUGAUGACACUUCAAGGUGGAGUUAAAGCAAAUGCCAAGACCAACUGCCUAGACUCAACAACCGGGGAAUAUUUUUAUCAGAGAAAAGAUUUUAUCAAGCCUUCUGAUGUUGUUUCCAGUGCAAAUGUCAAGACCAACUGCCUAGACCCAACAACCGGAGAAUAUUUUUAUCAGAGAGGAGAUUUUAACAAACCUUCUGAUGUAAUUUCCAGGCGUUACAGCUUAGAAGAACGCCGGAAUCUGGGGUCGGUUAAGCAUAUGAGAGAAGCUAUUCCUCAUACGUCACUUAACAGCGCUGUAAAAGAAAAUGUCUUACCUUCUGAAAAUCAGAAAAACCAGUCAUAUCCAUUCAAUGAAGGCACCAAUUUCUUUCAGAUAGGAACGACAUGCCCUAACUUAAGAGCAGAUGUUCAUUACAGUAUGGACAUCCGUGGAGGCAACAUGGCAGACUAUGGGUUCAGAAGAAGUUAUUUAGAUCAUACCGGUACUGACAGAAAUAAAAUGCAGGAACGAGAACUGGCUUGCUUAUCAACAUAUCAUCAAAGCAUUAACCGCAUAAGCCCUUCGUAUCCAUUUAACGAAGGCGCCAACUUCUUUCAGGAAGGAAUGGCAGACCCGAACUUCAGAGCAGGUGUUCAUCACAGUAUGAACAUCUAUGGAUCAGGCGCCGUGGCAAACCCGAACUUCAGAGCAGGUGCUCAUCAUAGUAUGGACAUCUAUGGAUCUGGUGCCAUGGCAUACCCGAACUUCAGAGCAGGUGCUCAUCACAGUAUGGACGUCUAUGAACCUGGUGCCAUGGCAUACCCGAACUUCAGAGCAGGUGCUCAUCACAGUAUGGACAUCUAUGAACCUGGUGCCAUGGCAGACCCGAACUUCAGAGCAGGUGCUCAUCACAGUAUGGGCAUCUAUGGAUCUGGCGCCAUGGCAGACCCUAACUUCAGAGCAGGUGUCCAUCACAGUAUGGGCAUCUAUGGAUCAGGUGUCAUGGCAGAAUAUGGAUUUGGAAGAAGUUAUUUUGAUCAUACGAGUACCAAGAGAAAUACAAUGCAGGAGCAAGAACUGGCUUACUCCUCGACAUAUCACAACAUUAACCGCAUAAGCCCUUCAAGUUUACCUCAGACAUGCAGCGAAAAUCUUAGAGUUGCCUUUUCACCAAGACAUUCUUUGGUAGGGGCCAGGAAGAAAAAGCUCCUUAUUCUAGAUCUUAAUGGCUUGCUUGCGGAUAUCAAUGAGGAUACUCACAAUGCUCACAUGGCUGAUGCGAAGGUUCGAGGGAAACUAGUCUUCCGAAGACCGUACUGUGAGGAUUUUCUCAACUUCUGCAUCCGAAACUUCGAGCUAGGUAUAUGGUCCUCAAGGAAACGAAAAAAUGUUGAUUCUGUUGUUGAUAUCCUCAUGAGAGAUCUCAAACCAUACCUGCUGUUUUCCUGGGACAGGUCUAAAUGCACAAUUACUGGACGCAAAACACUGGAGAACAUGCACAAACCAAUAGUACUGAAGGAAUUGAGGAAACUGUGGAAUAAGGAAGAACCUGGUCUUCCAUGGCAGGAGGGAGAAUUUUCACCUUCCAAUACAUUACUUGUGGAUGAUUCUCCUUACAAGGCUCUGCGCAAUCCGCCAUAUAGUGCCAUUUUUCCUCAGCCAUUCAGCUAUCUUAACCAGAACGACAAUUCAUUGGGUCCUGGUGGGGAUCUUCGUGUGUAUCUGGAGAACCUCAUUUUUGCAGAUGAUGUUGAGUGCUUUGUUCGCAAUCAUCCGUUUGGUCAACCUUUCAUUACACCGAGUGAUCCACAUUGGAACUUCUAUGCUGAAAUAGCUGGUGAAGGGCGCGGCUCUGUCACUUGCCUUGCCUGAAUAUCUGAACAUCCAGGGAGGCAGUCCAGCAGUUUAUCCACUCACCUUGGGCCAUUGUUGACUGAUGUUAUGUUUGAUUCUUCAGGAAUGAAGGGAAGUUACUGUAUGUUCACACUAUACCUGACAUCCCAACUAAUUCUACCAUGAGCCAUUGUGGACUGAUCUUUUGUUGAUUCUUUAGACAUGAGGCGAAGUUUCAGUAUGUUCGCAGUAUACCUGACAUCCCAACUAAUUUUACCGUGGAUUACAGGAAAAAUUGGUGUAUUGAGGAUUGUAUUUUUCGCACUAACUUCUUAUAUGAACAGUCUCAAUGAAUAUGAAUGAAAUUUGUCUGUGACUCAAAAUCUUCAAUUGUU